AUCCACUUGUACGUAUGUUACCACUCCUACUACUGCAUAUUCGUUUGGAUCUUGGACUCAACCGUCCUAGGUCGCCGAUCGGCGUUCUCAUUCGCGGCUCUCAUCAACUGGUCUUCCCCAGUCUCCACGACCCUCAAGCUGAAAGGUGUGCCGGAAUCCGAACAAGGUUAAGUUUUCAUUCCCGCGUGAGAGCCUUUUCUAGGCUGAACUCUCUCCAUCGAUCCGUCCUCCACCAAAAUUCAGCUCACAUCAUCUUCCAUAGUAGAGCUUCAUAUUCGCAUUGUCAACUGCCGGUAAUUCAACAGUCGACGAACGGCCGGGAUUGUGUCAAAGUUGUCCUUCCGCUAUACCUCAGGAUCAACAAACAAGCUUCACUCCUGUUCCAUCACGUUAGGCCUGAAGCCAUCCGACCUGCGAGUCAGAUCCCCGUUGUGACUUCACGCCUGGCUUCGAACCCGGUUGUUGAAGUCCCGCUCCAUUCAUGCAAUUUCUGAUACCUUAACAUCUUUCAAUCAAGACGAGUCACCGAAAGCAAAGAGGCACCUAUUCUCCUGAGACCUUACCAUCCAGCGUCAGGAUAGGCUGUCAUUAUUGCCGAUAUGUCCCCAGCCAGUCGACGUGGUCCUUGGUUACCCGAUGAAGAUGCCGCGCUGUUGCACCUCGUCCGCACUCAAGGCCCCAACAACUGGGUGCGUAUCUCCCAGCACAUGCAACACCGGUCACCAAAACAAUGUAGAGAACGAUAUCACCAGAAUUUGAAACCGUCCCUCAACCAUGAACCUAUCUCCCCAGAGGAAGGGGAGAUGAUCGAGCAGCUUGUGCAGGAAAUGGGCAAGCGGUGGGCGGAAAUCGCGCGUCGGCUUGGUAAUCGAAGUGAUAAUGCGGUGAAGAACUGGUGGAAUGGAAGCAUGAACCGACGAAAAAGAAACAACUUGCAGCAGAGCGGCGGACCUCGACCGGUGGGAUAUCGAAAUCUGCCCAUGCCGGCUUCAUCAUCUACACCUCAACUUUAUGGCCGGGAGACACAGAUUCCUCACCAAGACCUUCGGGCAUAUCCUUCUUUGACGCACCGGCCCCAACUACAACAAGCGAGCUAUAGUUUUUCCCACACGAAUACCUUUACUCGGGAACGCACCCACCCUUUACCGGCUCCAACAUCGCAAACCUCGGUCCUUGGGCAUUCGCAAUGCCAGGAACCGGCAUACCCUUCUCGCGGCCAAUCCCACCAUAGUUUACGCUUUCCUCCCUCAGAAUCGAAUUCUUACCCGUCUGUUGAGUCCGUGCCGUCGAAACGACGGCCCGAGUGGCAGUUGCCAUCGUUAUACCCUAUCGAAUCUUCCAUCCAUUCCCCUGCCGCGACAGACAUAUCACACGCCUCACUCCAUCAACAAGCACCGUCUCUUGUGUCAGAUAACCAGUCGAACUGCUCAAUCUCGCCCAGGACUAUUUCAUCACCUCGCCCGAGUUUGCCUGCGCCCAAGGAGCUGAUGAUGCCAAUGUGGCCUGGAGGCUGCGCUCGGGAUCCGGCAGGUCAUUAUCAGGACCAAAAUCUAAACAUUGUCAAGCCAGAAAACAUUUGUGAAGAAACCAUUCGAAAUGCUGCACCGCGGCCGAUAAUAAAUGUACCAUCUUCAAGCCUCCCGGGUCGUCCUUCAUUAUCGCAUUCACAGUCACUUCCCGAACCACUGGACUCUCCAUCCAGGCCAGUGAGUCAGGAGAGUACAAGAUCAUACAACCCUUCAUACCAAACAGACACCACCAGCCCCAGAGACAGUCGGAUGAAACUGUCCAGCCUGCUUGGCUGAGGUUCAGCCAUGGGUCUGGGAGAAAUUAUGGCGAAUUUUUGGAGGCAGCAAUCAACAGUUUCUGGACGACCUUCCUCUGGCUAUUGCCAGAGGCUGUAUUAUAUUAUUUCACCUCGCCUUGGAGGCUUCGAGACAUGUACUGUUAUGGACUUACGAUACCCAGAUUUAGCGAGCCAGGGACGAGAAGAAAGAUGAUUAGGAGGAUGAACACAUACUGCAGAGGCGUGAUGGUCACACUGAGCAAAGUUUUGUAUAACAGAUAUCUGUGAAUGGCGUUGUAUUGCAAAAAGGACCCGUUGCAAUUCUAUUUUUACGGGCAUUUAGUCCGGGAAGAAGAAGGUUGAAGUCCGCAGUUUGUAUUUAAACAGGUAUAUUGCCAUACUUCGCACUCUAACAUUGUGCCGUCGACUUGCUGUCAUACUAGUAGUAGGCGACAUUGACAAGGCACGAAAACGAGUAACGAAGGUGCUGUUGGAUUCAUAUGCAUUGCAAAUUUACAACUUGAACUACUCGAACACGGUAACCCAACACCUGGGCAGGUGGCCGCCUGCAUGUCUACAACACCUUCAGGGCAUUGAUUACAAAAUAAGAGCACCUGACGGCUUUGGAAAAGGUGAAAUGGUCGUCUACAGCAUCCUUGUGUGCGCACCUUGGUUCGGAUAAGUCGAGGCAUGCAACCGUGUCCUGCCCUCCAGAACAACCCCCGCUGUGGUGGGAAGUUCUUCUCUGUCGCACAACGGACCCUUUACAGGCACGGACCUGCCAGAGACCUCUACUUACGGACCAAGAACUCUCCCAAAGCGCGAAUCGCGAAGGAAGAACGGGGUUGGAUAAACUCCUAACCUGCUAGUAAUGAAAUCUCAAUAGACGCCCACCUCUGUCGCCAAGCGGCCGCAAAAGGCAGCGCCAUCCAUCUCGAUCGAUAAAACCAUACUGCCAACCUCAAGAAGAAACAAAAAGCGGACAGUUUCGGCGAGAAGAGACCGACAACAGUCUGUGAUUUCAUUCUAGGCAGCGCAGGGGGGAGGGGCGGCAAGAUGGGUCAUCUCCUGGUGUGGCCUUGAGACGACGUCCUUUUCCAGCACCGCCAGUAUCAGGCAGUCCAACCACGAUUCUGCAUUAUGUAGCAGAUACCCAUGCUGGAGGCGAAAGGCCCGAAAGGGGAGAGCGUUCGGAAGACCAAGACAACAUUUCCAACGUACGGCCAGAAGAGUGCUCGGGAGACCAGUAUCCGGUCUUUGAGAGGCUGCGAAACGAGACCUGCACACCUCGCCACCGACGCCGUUGCGAUUCUGGAGGAGAUGAUUUGGCCUUACAUGCUGUAUGUUCGUCAGCAGUCUUUCUCCAUCUCGAAUCGCUUCGAACGCCGAAACCCCGAACUCGCAAUGCUACCUAUAGCACUACCACAGUGUAUGUUGGUGUGCUCUAAUGUUGGAUAGUACAAGCGAAGAGCUCCACACCUGGCCCGCAGUGGGAAGAUCAUGUCCACCGGACCAUGACAAAUACAUUUUACUUUAAAGGGUCAUGCCGGAAUUGACCAGGACGACAAGACUUGAAGACCCCCUCGCAUCCACGGACUGUGGAGAGGACUGCAAGCCACGAGGACAUCUGUAGGCCUCGAACAACCUUCCGCAAAACGACAAUGUGUUGAGUAUUGCCGAAGUGGCCGACCUUGUUCGAGUUGACGGCUUUCUAGGCUGUCGUGCACUGGCUUAUACGCAUCUACGACGCCAUCACUUGCUAGAAAGUGAGUUCGAAAUCGAUUUCAGCGAGUCAGCCAUCAAGAUGCUAUAGGUAGCAACGCAGCCGUUUACGCGACAAUCAGGCUUUGCUUCAGCAAUGACAGUGAAAAAAGCCUUACACAGCAGUUGAUAUGCAGCUGCUGUUCACCAGUACUGAGUACAGUGGCAUCAGUGGUCAUACUCCGGAGCAACAAGCCGCUCUUGAACGGGGCUGCCACCCAUGCACUCGAGGAGUCAGGAAGAGCAAGGGGAGUCCUGCCUUCCGACAAUAAUGCUUACGACAUGAAGUAUGACUUCUGUUCAAGUCCUACAGCGCGGUCCCGGUUUGAUGCCGUGACCACGACACGACUGUUUGGCGAGUCUCGGCGUAAUCAUGCACUUCGAGCUGCAACUCGAUCCCAUUAUCAUCCAAAGGACGAAAACAGCAACGGUUGGCCGGCAUUCACCAGCGGUGACGGCGUCUUGGGGCCCUGAGUGCCAUCCACAAAUACUGGCCCGGUACUGUUACUAGUCAGCCAUCAACACCCAACAAUUUUUGCUCUACCAAGCCCGCCAACUACGGUGGAAUUCCUCUCGGAAAGGUGUGGUCAGGGAAAGGCCGUUAGCUUUAGCGAACGACCCUGGAUCAGCCACUGGCAUCGACUCAACCCACUACUCGAAAAAGUCAAGCCUAGUGAGCCGGUUGUAGAACGGCCCUGGUUAGGGCCAGCAAGUAGCCCGGGCCCUGCGGGACUUCAGCUGGCAUGGUAUUGUCUACGGCCGGCUAGCAAUACAGACACAGAAACCCAAACCCGAACCGGUAUGGGAGGACCAACGGGCGACGGGCUGAAGCAGAGCGCGAAUUCCGCGCCUCACGAACCAGCCCAUCACCGCUCAAGAUGGCUUGCGCUGGCGAUCAGCGAGCUUAACCGACAAGGCUAAAACACCACAAACCAACGUGGCCUUCUCGUUCGAACCAAUGCUGCACAGAUGUCAUUAAUUGGUGCGACCUUUUUCAUUCGCAGAUCACCGAUAUAGCUUGAGGCUAUCCAACAUUCUCGUGUGAGCGAUCCUCAGUGCGCGGGCCCAUCAGUCCGGUCCGUCGACUCGCUGCCGUCGAGUUUUUUGCGAUAAACGCUCGUGCACCUUGGUGAACAUGUCACCUGUCGCCUCUCAUGACCAAGCUAGCGAGUUGCUCCAAGCUACGGUCAAGUUGCGCCUGACUCGUAACGCUGCUGCCCCGGCCACCAAACACAGCCCUGUAUCUUGCAUACGCCUUGUUAGAUCAGACCUGCCUACUCCACGCCUAAUUGAGUGCGGUCCUGUCGCCUUCACUUACUACUGUCUAGGAGGUUAAACGAUCCUAGUGGCCUACUUAACCAAUUUUUAUGCACUCCUCCCUCAACAGACCUGCCUUUACCGCCUUGAUCUGCGACCCCAAGGCGCCCGGCGACCGUAAUAAUGGGCAUGGACAUCGGCGAGUCAUGCUAAUAAUGCCCCUGCUGGUAGGAAAAUCUGCAUGCUGGGCCCGGGUCAUGCACGAUUCUGUCUGCAGCAACUCGAAGGGGGCAUUCUUCAGGCCGGCCUGGUCCCCCUGCCCAGUUUGGAAUCAUUUUGCGCCGGGGUUUGAUCGGUUUGAUCUCCCCCUGACACUUGACAGCGACAGAGGAGUAUACAAUGCGACGCCACACGGCCACUACCAGCUGGCUACGCACUAGCAUUAUUGCACUGUUACUGCCAACAAUUGCCUCUAUUUCGAAGGGGGCAACAGUAGCGAACAAAUGAUUUCCCGUCAAAUCCAAACUUCGGCUGCCGGCACUUUCCACCAGUACAACGGCUUUGGGGCCGGAACCUUGGUAGGAAAAAGGAGGAAUCCAUUUCGAGGGCUACUACGGGUCCUGCUGUCACGGAUCGGCACAACAAUAUUAAUGCCAUGAUUCAGGAACAUUUCCGACAGUAAUAACCGGGGCACAGGGGUGUCCCGCGUUUCCUACCAACCUACAGAAGGUGCGGUAUCUCAGCUGGCACCGUGACCGUUUGGUUACACCAAGAUUCGAUCCCGCCGGUGCCGAUCUCAAUCUCAUGUGUACUAUAGUGCUGCACUACUGGAGGUGACCACACUGGAAGUGGCUUUCGCCCUUGUUUGCGACCAUAGUAAUUAUUGGCAUCUCGACGGUAGUGCACGUUCCCACAGGCUUUCAUCUAUCACCUGCCGUCAACGCUCUCUAACAGCGAGCGACGGACUUGUGGUCAAUACACGAACGUCGCCUUGCCAGAGUCGGUCUCGGCCCUGGCAUCUUUGCUGCAGAAUUUACGUACAGCAGCUGUGGCCGGGCCCCAGCUGUCUCUGCAGUAGUACGCACUUUUGUGGCGUCCGUCAGAUUCCCUUGCGGCCGUAAGGCCUGUGGCAGGCGGACCACACUGGUGCGCAUUUUCCCUCCAUGGCGCCUGUCAAAAUCCUUCGGAGACCGCGGAGGCCGUCCCAUAGCAUAGGGUACCAGUACCUUGCCCAACCUCAGGCGGCCCCCCAGGUGGGUUUACCACUUCGUAACUGUCUCCAACAACGCCGGGAAGUGUCCUCAAUCGGUUUAACCACAAUUUCAAAAAUGUGUCGUGUGGUGAACGGUACUUACUAUACGUGUUCCAGGAGGGUCGGCUUUCCUUUCAGCGAUCAGUAUACAGCCUGCGAGAGAUUACAAGCAUGUGACAUUGAUUGCAAUGUUUGAAGGCAAACCCUGCAUGCCAAAUGUGUUCAACUCCCGCAACCUUAUCUCCUCAUUGAAGUGAUAUGCACUACAGUGGCAGGUACUCACAGUCAGCUAGCAGGCCGCGUUGAGUCUGAUCUGCCAGCUUGAAAACAAUUAAAUCCUUUUCGCUUAGAGACAAUAAUAAUGAAUGCACGAGCAUGCUGUCAAUGGUCAUCCAGCAGCAGCAAGGUAAGAAACCAGACGAAACUCACGUCCAUGCUGAGCAAUUGUCUUCAAACUUCAAAACCAC